AUGCCCUCCGGCGACGAAGAGAAGAUUCGAAGAUUCAGUAGCUUAGAGCGGUCACCGGAGAAGGUGAACUUGGGCGGCCGAAAGAUCCUGGUCUGGCUAGCAGGCGGAUUCUUAGGCCAGAGCUUGCUGAUGGAGAAGAGACGUGCACGUUCAAAGUUCUUCCAUAUCAGCGUGGAUUUGAGUGGUCUAAGGACUGGAUUCGGAGAAGUGCAGAGAGUGGGUUCGAAGAUGCGGCAUAUCCCUAGGUUUUACUUUGCCUUCAGGAAAAGGGAAGAGACGGAAACACCACGGCGAAACUCAGCUGCGGCAAAAGCAGGAACCAAAGAUGAAGAGCUUCUUGCCAACAAGGUCGGGAAUACUGCAUUUUUUCAGUUGAAAACAUGGUUUGCAAUGAGGCUGUAAAUUUCAAGGU